CCUUAAUUUGGUGUCAGAGCAGUUAAACGAUCCACGACCUAGCUAUUAUUCACGAACGUCUUUCACGACCCAUUUUUUAUGAACGAAUCAACAAUGACGCACACGACGGCCAACCCUUUGAACGACGAACCAAAGGGUUCAGGGGAUUCUUCACGCACACCUGUGUUUACUGAUGUCCAGUGGAGAAGUUUUCUCCAAUUGAUGAACCAGUGUAAGGUAGUGUCCCCUCAUGGUAAGCUCUCGGGUAAGUUUCCUUGGUUAUUAGACUCGGGUGCUUCUUUUCAUAUGACCGGCCAGGAAUCUCUGUUGAUGAACAUCCGGAAUAUUUCACCAAUGUCUGUUUUCUUACCGAACGGGGAUGUUACAUAUGCAACAAGCAAAGGCGAGGACCUACUUUCGAGGACGCCGAUUGGAGCGGGUGAAAAACGUGGUGGGGUGUACUAUUUUCAUAGUUUGGAUCCAGUUUGUGCUUGCUCAAUAACAAAGGAGGACCAAAGUGAUUUGUGGCACUCCCGGUUAGGACACCCGUCAGUCAAAGUUUUACGUUCUGUCAUUAGUUUCAGUAAUAAUAUACCUGCUCUUUUGAAUUAAAGUUGUGAUGCAUGUUUGCGUGGAAAAAAGACUCGUGACGUUUUCUGUAUUAGUGAUUCCAGAGCACUUGAAAUAUUUGAAUUGAUUCAUUGUGAUGUGUGGG